AUGCAGACCGCUAGAAAUGCUCCAAAGCUGCGGCUCCUCACACGAUCCUGUCACCGCUGCUCAUCGACGCUGCGAACCGCUCAGACGCCCCACCCUGCUCUCACAGUCUACUCAAACUACCUCUCGGCCGCCGAACAAUCACUGCUGCUCAAAAGCUCGCUCCGCCUGCUCGACUCGCCUUCUCGCACGACUUCGGCGGGGAGGAAACGGCGGCGGGAAUGGGUCAAGGCGAACCCUGAAUGGGAUGGGCGAGGGUUCAUGGCGGACGAGGCGUAUGCGUGGGAGGAGGGACACUUUGACGGCGUCAUCAAGCAGUAUCGCGAGAUGCUUGUCAGGGACGGAAUGUGGGAAAAGGUGGCUGCCGGAGACGAGAAAGCAGGCCUCGCCGAAGCGCUCGAAAAGGUCUACUCCCUCCUUCCGCCGUCCGAACCGCCUUCUCAGCCAUCGUCUUCUUCCUCCCCACCGCCACACCUAAUCAUGCACCUCCUCCACCUCUCCUCCCGCGGCGCCAUCUACCCGCACGUCGACAACCUCGAAGCGUUCGGACGAACUAUCGUCGGGAUCAGUCUCGGCGGUGAGCGGAUCAUGCGCUUCAAGCAGGUCAGUGAGCCGCGCGAAGGGACGGCCAAGGACGGACCGAGCGAGUUCGAGGUCUUGCUCGAGGCGGGGAGCGCGUAUGUACAAGCCGAGCCGCUUCGUACUCAUUAUACGCAUGAAGUGCUGGAGAAAGGCGAGUGGGAGGGCAGGACAGUCGGCGGAACGCAAAGAUUGAGCAUCAUGUUGAGGGACCGCCUGCCGACCAAGCCCGGCCACAUGCAAGUCUAG